UUUCAAUUUAUUUUAAAAAAUACAUAAAUAAACAAAGAAUAAACUGGAAAUAUAGCAUGAGUACCGCUAGUGAAAUAACUGAUGAAGAGAAAAGCUUUGUUGAGGAAGAAGAAACGAUUAACAUUGGACUUUACAUAGGCGGACGCAAUAGUAAGGGAGAGCGCAAUGGACGGGGAUGGGCCAUAUUGCCAAAUGGUGAUCAAUAUGAUGGCCAAUAUCGUAAAGGCCAACGACAUGGCAUUGGGGUAUAUGUAUUCAAAGAUGGUUCUAGAUAUUAUGGUCAAUAUCGUUGUGGUAUACGUUCGGGUCGAGGAAUUUUCAUAUAUCCCGAUGGCAGUUAUUAUGAGGGUGCCUGGCGUAAAAAUCUCAAACAUGGCAAAGGACGUUAUUGUUAUUCAAAUGGUGAUUCGUAUUGUGGUAGUUGGUAUCGUGGCCAAAGGCAUGGCGUUGGUAUUUAUACCAGUAAAACUUUAUCGUCUAAUAACAUAUAUGGCACUGUAAGUUUUACCGGUACUUGGCGCCAGGGUGUAAGAGUUGGACCGUUUCAAUUGAAUUUUGGUAGCGAAGACAAAAGUGCCACUUUACAUGGAACCUGGGACAAUUUGUAUCCCCAAGGACCCUGUGUGUUUAGUUUCAACAAUAGAUAUCUGCUUAUGGGUUACUUUCAAACUCCUGGUCGUGAAGCCUGGUUGGCCUUGCAGGCUAAGAAUGAAAGAAGUGAACAAGCCAAUGAUUUUAUGGAAGAAAAUACUGCUUUGGAGGAAACAAAUAAUAAUGAGCAGGACAUUUGGUCGGAUGAAUCUUCUUUAUGGUAUGCUCAAGAUAUGUGUGCUUAUGAUAUGUCUUUGCUACCACAGGAACCAGUGCCAUUGCCUAUAUCAGAUUCUGAUAUUUCUGUGUGCUCGCUAUCAACUGAGGCAACAGAAAGAUCUAUUGAAAAACCCUUAACCUAUGUAGGAGAGGGUGAAGGUGAAGCUGUAGAAGAAGGUGACAUGGAAUGUGUAGCCUGCGAAUGUUCGUCUAGUGGUGUUGAAUCUUCUAGUCAGGUAUGUGCUCCCUCUGGCAAUCCGUGUGCCAUUGAGAUUUGCCCACAAAAAAACUGUUAAAUUAUGUAUUAUUCAUGGUUUUUUUAACACAAUUUUUAUUUUUAAAAAAUUUAUAUCGAAAUUUAUUUACGUAAUAGUUUUUAUCAAUUAUCUAAAUAAAUAUCAAUACUUUAAAUACUUACAAAA